UGUCAGCCCGGCGGGGCGGUCGCGGCCGGGGGCUCUGGCCGCCGCCAUGGGGGAGCUGCCGGCCUCCCUGCCGGCCUCGCACUGAGCGGGUUUGAAAGAAGGAAGCUUUACUGAAAGUUCAGCCAGAUGAUUGUGGUGUAGGUUGGCAGAUUUUGGCUCUUGUCCUGGAAAAUAGUCUGCACAGAUUUCCAAGGGAAUAGAAUGGAGGAAUCUACAUCAGAAAUGCAAAGCACAAAGGAGCCAGUCAGUCUGACAGAUGAUGCCUCUUCCAGGUCCCCAGAUAAUGAGAAGACUGAUAAAACAUCUGGAAUGAAGGAUUGCUCAAGCAUCAGUUGUACUGCAGAUGAUGCUGGUGUCUUGGAAAGGGAAUCGAGGUUGUUGCCCUUGGACCAGGGUUCAGCAGUUACUGGCAUGAGCAACAAUGGGGCCCUGGCAGAAGGACAGGAGCAGCAGAGUGGAGAGGCAGGCUACUGUGCCAAUACCUUCUCUGAAAGAAAGAUAGAAGGCUCCACAAAACCAGAACAUAUAUCUAUUGCAGAAUUUGAACAACGGGAUCAAAAAACUAAUCAGACAGAACAAUCAUUAAUGGAAAUACUACAGGAGCUAAGGGAGGAGUCUGACUUUGUGAAAAAACCUAGUGAUAAAAUCUAUUCAGAGAGCCCUUACGACACAGACUGCACAAAGAAGCUAAUUUCUACAAUACAUCAGACUUCCUCACAAGAGGAUUUGCUAAAGGAAAUAGAGUCUGAACUCUUAACUACAGAUUUUUCAAAGGAACGAGAAUUCCCGAAUGGCGUGCGGAAAGGUGAACAUGCCUUGGCCGUGUUUGAAAAAUGUGUGCAAGAUAAAUACCUGGAGCAAGAACAAACCAUCAAAAAAUUGAUUAAAGAAAAUAAAAAACAUCAGGAACUGAUUUUGGACAUUUGCUCAGAAAAGGACAAUUUAAAAGAUGAACUGAAAAAACGAACAGAAACAGAAAAGCAGCACCUCAACAUUAUUAAACAGCUGGAAGCAAGAAUGGAAGAGCUUAAUAAAGAAGUGAAAGCUAGUAAAGACAAACUUUUAACUCAAGAUGCAGCAGCCAAAAAUGCUAUUCAGCAGUUGCAUAAAGAGAUGGCAUUUCGAAUGGAACAGGCAAACAAGAAAUGUGAAGAAGCACGCCAUGAAAAGGAAACGAUGGUGAUGAAAUACGUCCGCGGGGAGAAGGAGUCACUUGACCUCCGAAAGGAAAAGGAGAUACUUGAGAGAAGAGUGAGAGAUGCAAACAAAGAAAUUGAAAAGCAUACUAACAAAAUCAAACAGCUUUCUCAGGAAAAAGGAAGAUUGCACCAGCUCUAUGAAACUAAGGAUGGUGAAGCCACUCGCCUCAACAGAGAAAUAGAGAAAUUGAAAGAAGAAAUCAAUUCUCAUAUUAUCAAAGUAAAAUGGGCUCAGAACAAAUUGAAAACUGAAAUGGAUUCACACAAGGAAACCAAAGAACGCCUCAAAGAUGCAACAACCAAGUUAACUGAAGCAAAAGAAGAAGCAGACCAGAUAAAGAAAAACUGUCAAGAAAUGAUAAAAUCCUAUCAAGAGUCAGAAGAAAUUAAAUCAAAUGAAUUGGAUGCGAAACUCCGAGUAACUAAAGGAGAACUGGAGAAACAAAUUCAGGAGAAGUCUGAUCACCUGGAGGUGCAUCAUGCAAAAAUAAAAGAACUGGAAGACUUGAAGAGAACAUUUAAAGAAGGAAUGGAUGAGCUUCGAACACUGAGAACGAAGGUAAAGUGUCUAGAGGAUGAACGUUUAAGAACAGAAGAUGAAUUAUCCAAGUAUAAAGAAAUUAUUAACAGACAGAAAACUGAAAUUCAGAAUUUACUGGACAGAGUCAAAACUGUAGAUCGUCUGCAGGAUCAACAUCAGAGGGAUGAACAAGAAAUUAGUGCUUUAAAGGAAGAAGUAGAUGGUUUCAAUUCUCUAAUUGCUGAUCUCCAAAAGGACAUUGAAGGUAGUCGGAAAAGAGAAUCUGAGCUAUUGAUAUUCACUGAAAAAUUAACCAGUAAGAAUGCACAGCUUCAGUCUGAAAACAAUUCCUUACAGAGCCAGUUGGAUAAGCUUUCUUACAGUGAAAGAGAGCUGCAGAAUCAGCUGGAAUGUGUUCAGCAGACUAAAGAUGAUCUGGCCACCAAGUUGCAGAAGGAGGAGGAUCAGCGAAAGCUGGAGGUUGAGACCCUACAGGCCCAGGUAGCUUCAGAGCAGAAAGAACUGACAGCACUGAAGACCCACGUAGAUGAACUGAAAGAUGAGCUGGCUACCCAGAAGCGCAAGCAGGCAGCAAACCUGAAGGAUCUCUCAAAACAACUUCAGCUAGCACGGAGGAAAUUGGAUCAGAUGGAAAAUGGUAAUUAUGACAAAGAAGUCAGCAGCAUGGGGAGCCGUUCCAGUUCAUCAGGGUCCCUCAACGCGCGCAGCAGCAAUGAGGAUCGGUCACCUGAGAACACAGGAUCUUCAGCAGCUGUGGAUAGCUUCCCAGAGGUGGACAAGUCUGUCUUGAUUGAGCGAAUCCUAAGGCUACAGAAGGCACAUGCUCGAAAAAAUGAAAAGAUGGAGUUUAUGGAGGAUCACAUUAAGCAACUGGUGGAAGAAAUCAGGAAAAAAACAAAAAUUAUUCAGAGUUACAUUUUGCGGGAAGAAGCUGGAACACUAUCAUCAGAGGCCUCUGACUUCAACAAAGUACACUUGAGUAGACGGGGUGGGAUUAUGGCAUCUCUGUAUACAUCUCAUCCUGCAGAUAGUGGUCUCACGUUGGAACUCUCCUUAGAAAUAAACAGGAAGCUGCAGGCUGUGUUAGAAGAUACAUUACUGAAAAAUAUUACAUUGAAAGAAAACCUUCAAACUCUAGGAACAGAAAUAGAGCGGCUUAUUAAACACAAGCAUGAACUGGAACAGAGAAUAAAGCAGACAUAACUAAAACUUUUAUGGAAUAACCAAUAUGAAGAAGCAGAAAAGGCAGGUGCCACAGACCACUGGUUUUUACAUUUUUCCUGAAAUUUGAUUGCCUGCCAGCACAAGCAUCUGGUAUUUCGGGUACACAGCCUUUAACCUGAAAGGCUUACUUGUGGGAGGGUUGGACAUCAACAUGGUUCUGUCUACCCAACACCAGCCUGAGGUGUUUCUGAAUUUUACUACAUGCUACAUUUAUCUAAAACUUGUAUUUGAAAUGAUGUACAGAUGCUUUGAAAUACAUACUGUGUUUUGAAUGAGUUGCAGUGAGGCUGCACUGCAUAAUUAAUCAGUCUCUUAAUGAUGAAGCUUGAAGAAAAAUAAAACCAAUUAUGUCUUAGUUGCUGUUGAACGUAUCCAGUGUUACUGAGCUUUAAGGGCUUUCAGACAUUAUUUCCUUUUGCAUAUUAUUUGUGAUAUUCAGGUUGACACAGCUAUUGGCUUCUAAGUGGUGGCCAUAAUAAUGCAUAUUUUCUGUUCUAGGUUAUCAUUCAACUAGUCAGUUUCUUUGUUGAAAAGAAGUGAAACAGCUGUAAAACUAAGGGAUUAAGGAGCUUUCUGAUUCAGUGGUUGAGUAUGCAUAAUUGAAACAAAAAUAAAUUUGACAAAUCCUUGAUAUUUAGACAUGGAUCUAAAGAAUUCUGGUAUCAGAUAAUUGGUUAAUAAAGUUCUCUGGCCUUGUGCAUAACUAACAGCUUUUAAAAAGUAGGAGUUUUAACUGGCCAUUGUUAUGUUGUACAGGUACACAUUGUGAUUACAUUGGUUUUGAGAGGAUAAAAAAAUCUGUUUUCUAAGAUGAAUGGAAGCUAAAUUAUUGAGAUAACAGUGGGUAGACCAGUUAGUGGAAAUAAUUAUAAGAAAUGGGAAAUAUGUCUAGAUCGGAUUUUAGUCUAUUGGUUGGACUGUGAAAGUAACACAGAAAUCUGUGUGACUCCUUAAUUUUACUGGUGUGAAGAGUAAGUUGGUCAAAAUGGCAUCAGCUGAAAACUGCUACUUAGCCUUUCAGUGGCUGAGAGGGUGAUGGAGGAGGAAUAUCAAGGUGACAAGAUUCUGGUUAGUUACAACAUCACAUCCACAUUUUAAUUUCAGGAUAAGUAAUUUACAGGAUCUAAAAUAUCUAUAUUCCAGCAGUAAAUGCAUAGCUCUCUGUAUUUAUUGCCUUUUGACCAAAAUGGAUUGAACAGUUCAUGGUGUAAAUAUAUACUUUUGGUCUUUUAUUAAAUACUUGAACUUCCUAUUAUAAUGAAAAAAUAUUCAAUGUACAUUUACAAUAGCAAUGUUUUAGCUAUUUUAAUUAGGAUACUUGGGGGGCCGAGGGGAGGGAAAUAAUCUGUUUUACUGCAGGCACCAUUUGCUGCAUCAUGGACAAAACAAGGGGCCUGAAUCUGGCAGCACAGGGAAGGAUAAUGUGUCAAAGGAUCUAGGUGACUUAGGGUACUCCAUUUUCAGGUGCCACUGAGUCCCUGGAGCUUUGGAGUAGUUCAGUUCGAGACAGUCUUUGUUUUUGCUUUAAUAAUAGGCAUCUGAAAGUUCUUGUGGGAUCAAGACCUGAUUUGUGGUCCAGAGAGCUUCAGAAGUCUUGGAUGGCAGGUCCCUUCAGUGUCAAAGGUUUAAGUAUUUCCUUACAAAGGGUGGGUGGAAGCAAAUUAUUUAAAACCUCACUGCGCAUUGUAGAAACUGUGAGCCUUUAGUCUGGGUGGGGUUUUAUACAUAUAUUUUUGUAAUUCCUGAGAGCAAUGGUUAUCUAAAGUGUUAGGGAAUUUGGACCAGUCCAGCCAUGGGGCUACCUCUGCUUUACUGUUAAGUGAUGUGAAGAGGAAAAUACCUGGCUCUGCUGAAACAAAUUUGUCACCAGCUUCCAGGAAGUGAACAGGCAGUUGUUCUGGACUGAACUAGAUCUUCUGCUGAAAGAAAGUAUUUAGAACUAUUUGCAUGUCAAAACAUAGCUUUAGCUCUUGUAUGUUUGUGUUUUCAUGCUUUAAUGUACCAGGUCUCUGGAUAUUUUCAGGCAUUCUGCUGAAUGACUCCAGUAUUUUAGAUACUAUGUUAAUAUUGUAAUCAUUUAAUGUACAUUCUCCAGGUGUACAAUGUGAAUGAAGGAGAGGUGUGGUGCAGAUGGAUUAAGUGCAAUGACCUUGUGGAAAUUCUGAUUUCUUUUUGGCAUGGUUGUUUCUCCUUUUAAGUUAUUCAAGAAACCUAGUUAGUUGUCCUCCUGCCCUGCUGGAAAUGCUGCUUCCUUUCUGUAGCACUGGUAACUUUUUAGACUUCUUUCCUUUUUUUAUGGAGACACACAAAGCAACCAAGAUACCCCAUCAGUUAUUGUGCACAGUGUUUUCACGGACCGAAGUCGUCUUCUACAGGUGUAAUUUUAAAUAUACCUGCUGGAGAUGGAAAUUUCAUUCUAGCUCACAAAUGACUAUCCAGUAAAUGCAGGUGAUGUGAUGAAUGCAUGACAGGGUCAACCAGCAACUUUGAUUUUGCUCGUUCCUGAGAGGCAGUGGUGUAUUAGCUGUAAAAUGUUACUGGCAAACCUCCUGCCUGUUGUUGUCAGGAAUGUGGUAUUGUUGGUGCAGGUGACAAGAACACUUCUGUGAAAAGGUGUGUUUCUGUGGGGUGGUUGGCACAGGUGAGCACCAGCUGGUGCAGGUGCAGGGCUUGUGUAGCAAUUGCAUCUCACUUGUUCUUGUUUUGGAAACUUUUUGUUAUGAACCUGCGAUUGAAAACUGUCCUCAGAUAAACUGAAUUUUAGAGAUAAACUGAUUUUGGAAGCAGCCUGGAGCAGUCAGCUGCUGUCAUUGAAAUUCAGUGUCCUUCAGACACGUACUUGCCACAGGCUACUUUUGAAACUUCCAGGCUUACAGCUAGUUGUGUCCUACAGGCUUAAACAUCUGUUUCUUGAAUACUCAGGGUGCUCUUUUAAUACAAACAUUGCACAUCCAGAUGUUGUUAGAGGCCCUACAGAAAGCUGCCUAUGCUUUUACACCCUCUGUAAAAUCUGUUGCUGUUGUUUAAAGCCGGACCCUCUGAACUGAAGAAUACCAUUCUAUGCUAGAGAAAUCACUGGCUUUCUGCCACACUGGCUUGUGCAAUAUUUUUUAUUUUAGUCUCCAGAAAACAGUGGAGAUCAAUUUGUUCCUCAGGCAUGGUAUCACCUUCACUGCAACACCUGCAGGAUCUCCAGCUAAUAAAACUGAAGUUACUCUCUUGAAAGAUUUUUCAUUGCGAUAUUUUGGUUCAUAACUAAAAAGUAAAAUAAUAAAAAAAUAAAAAAAAUCCAGUCGCUGGUUUCUGCUGAAUCAAACGUAAAGCUGAGUUGCCCGCAUGUUGCCAAGACUGGAAUCUAGGGAAGGGAUUCAAGAGAUGUACAAGGCCUGUCCGAGUGGGCUUCCUCCCUAUCCCUGGCAUGAAACAGCUGUGAUGGUGGAUGUCAGCAGUAGGUGGCACUCGAAAUCAGAUGAACUGUGUCUCCACAACGACCUGAAGCCUGUGGAACGGCAGACAGCUGCGUUGCAGCAGGGGGAUUUGGGUGGUAUUCCGAGUUUUUCCAAGGUGGAUGGGGGUUUUCCUUCCUAUUUUCGUGUUCUAACUGAAACUAUGUUGAAUCUUCCAAUAUAUGUUUGUAUGUUGUUUGUCUGUUGAUUUAAUUUUGUAGAUACCUGUUGCUGUAUAAAGUUUUUGAAGAUAUCACUAUACAUUAUGUAUAUAUGGUACUUUGAAAUAAUAAACAUACAAAUGUGUGA